UACAAAAACAGUAAGUGGGGAAUUCAACUGAGAAAUCUAUUCCUGCUUGCAGCUCUGGAGCAUUAGGACUUGGAAUAAAUCACUUAGGCUCAAUUCAGGGAUUUUAUUUCCUUUUAUUUUAUUUUUUUCUCCCCCCUGUGCAAUUUAGGGGCUUGUUCGAGAUCAUUUGUGCCCUGUAUUUCACCUUAGUCUUGGAAAACUAAAGUCUUGUUUGCGGAAAGCAUCGUUUAAGCCCUCUUUUAAAGAGCAGUUUGCCAGCCUGUAGUUGUGCUUGCCCAAACAGCUAGAAAAUAACUAGCAAGCAAGCCAAGCCACGGGAUCUGCAAGAAUCGUUAGCAACGGACCAUAUUUCUAUAAACCAAUAGAGGUUUUUGUAUUUUGCUCAUCUGUUACCCUUAUGCUGUUGCCACUUUCACAUUCGGUGUGUGUAGGCGGAGAGUUAUGCGAUAACAGCAUUUCACAAAUGAAAGUGAGUGAGAAAAGGGCCGCUUUCCCUUUAAGGCCGUUCCAUUCCACAGCUCCCGCCCCUUUCCUGAUUGACAAACCUACCCGAAGUCACAUGAUCCGCCUCUAUUUGAAGGUCACAAAAAGCUGCUUCCUUUAGAGACAGAGGGGGAGAGAGAGAGCAAGAGGGAGAGUGAGUGAGGAGUUAGUUCAAGCCAAGAUGGCCGACAGAGUCUCUGCUGGUUUCUGAAUCUUUGAAAUACAAAAAAAAAAAAAAAAAAAAACAGACAAAAAGAAAGCAUUUUUUGGACCUUUUUUCAUUUCCAUUUCUACCUUGUAUGCCUCAAUUUGCUGGAUUUAAGCACUGCUGCACUUUAUGAGAGAGAAGGAGCAAGAAAGGGAAGAACAGUUAAUGGAAGACAAGAAAAGGAAGAAAGAGGAUAAAAAGAAAAAAGAAGCCACUCAGAAGGUCACAGAACAAAAAACCAAAGUGCCCGAAGUGACGAAACCAAGUUUAAGCCAACCAACGGCCGCCAGCCCCAUUGGCAGCUCUCCAUCGCCACCAGUCAAUGGUGGCAACAAUGCCAAAAGGGUGGCAGUGCCGAACGGACAACCGCCAAGCACCGCCCGCUACAUGCCUCGGGAGGUGCCUCCGCGAUUCCGUUGCCAGCAGGACCACAAAGUGUUACUAAAACGCGGGCAGCCCCCUCCACCGUCCUGCAUGCUCCUUGGGGGUGGGGCAGGGCCUCCUCCCUCCACAGCACCUGGAGCAAACCCAAACAACGCACAAGUGACAGGAACGCUGCUGCAGAGUGAGAGUGGGACUGUACCAGAAUCAACCCUUGGAGGUGCUGCUGCUUCAAAUUAUGCAAAUUCCACUUGGGGCCAGGGAGCCUCCUCCAACAACGGCGCCUCCCCCAACCCAAUUCACAUCUGGGACAAGGUGAUUGUAGACGGGUCUGAUAUGGAAGAGUGGCCUUGUAUUGCCAGCAAAGACACUGAGUCUUCUUCUGAAAACACCACCGAUAACAACAGUGCCUCGAACCCUGGCUCUGAGAAAAGUAGUCUGCCAGGAAGCACCACUAGUAACAAAGGAAAAGGGAGCCAGUGCCAGUCUGCAAGUUCUGGGAACGAAUGUAAUCUUGGGGUCUGGAAAUCUGACCCUAAGGCUAAAUCUGUUCAAUCUUCCAACUCUAAUACAGAGAGUAACAAUGGACUAGGAAACUGGAGGAAUGUGAGUGGUCAAGAUAGAAUUGGACCUGGCUCUGGCUUCAGCAACUUUAACCCAAAUAGCAACCCAUCUGCCUGGCCAGCGCUGGUCCAAGAAGGAAAUUCUAGGAAAGGAGCACUGGAAACGGAUACUAGUAAUUCCAGUGCACAGGUUAGCACAGUAGGUCAGGCAUCCAGGGAACAGCAGUCAAAGAUGGAAAAUGCGGGUGUUAAUUUUGUUGUCUCUGGCAGAGAACAGGCUCAAAUUCAUAACACUGAUGGACCAAAAAAUGGAAACACUAACUCCUUGAACUUAAGUUCACCAAACCCCAUGGAGAAUAAGGGAAUGCCCUUUGGAAUGGGCUUGGCGAACGCCUCCAGGAACACUGAUGCCCCUUCACAAAGCACUGGAGAUCGAAAGACUGGGAGUGUUGGAUCUUGGGGUUCAGCUAGGGGGCCUUCUGGAACUGACACAUCCUCUGGACAAAGCAAUUCUGGAAACAAUGGGAACAAUGGAAAGGAUAGAGAGGACUCCUGGAAAGGAGCUUCUGUUCAGAAACCAACUGGGUCAAAAAACGAUUCUUGGGAUAACAGUAACAGGUCUACGGGUGGGUCCUGGAACUUUGGGUCUCAGGACUCUAAUGACAACAAAUGGGGUGAAGGGAACAAAAUGACAUCUGGGGUCUCUCAGGGAGAAUGGAAACAGCCGACUGGGUCUGAUGAGUUGAAAAUUGGAGAAUGGAGUGGUCCAAACCAACCAAAUUCUAGCACUGGAGCAUGGGACAAUCAAAAGGGCCACCCCCUCCCUGAAAACCAAGGCAGUGCCCAGGCUCCCUGUUGGGGAAGAUCUUCCAGCUCCACAGGAAGUGAAGUUGGAGGUCAAAGCACUGGAAGCAACCACAAAGCAGGAAGUAGUGACAGUCAUAAUUCUGGCCGUCGGUCAUACAGGCCCACACAUCCUGAUUGUCAGGCUGUCUUGCAGACUCUCUUGAGCCGAACUGAUUUGGACCCCAGGGUGCUCUCAAACACUGGCUGGGGCCAAACUCAAAUUAAGCAGGACACAGUGUGGGAUAUUGAAGAGGUGCCAAGGCCUGAGGGGAAAUCUGACAAAGGAACUGAGGGGUGGGAGAGCGCUGCCACACAGACCAAGAACUCAGGGGGCUGGGGAGACGCACCCAGCCAAAGCAAUCAAAUGAAGUCUGGAUGGGGGGAGCUCUCAGCCUCUACAGAGUGGAAAGACCCCAAGAACACAGGCAGCUGGAAUGACUAUAAGAACAACAACUCUUCCAACUGGGGAGGAGGGCGACCAGAUGAAAAAGCAUCCUCCUCUUGGAAUGACAACUCCAGCAAGGAUCAGGGGUGGGGGGGUGGGCGCCAGCCCAACCAAGGAUGGACUUCUGGAAAGAAUGGUUGGGGAGAGGAAGUUGAUCAAGCAAAAAGUAGCAACUGGGAAAGUUCUGCAAACAAACCUGUGUCUGGUUGGGGUGAAGGAGGGCAGAAUGAAAUUGGGACUUGGGGAAACAGUGGGAAUACAAGCCUAGUUUCAAAAGGUGGGUGGGAAGAUUGCAAGCGAUCUCCAGCCUGGACUGACACAAGCAGACAGCCCAAUUCCUGGAAUAAACAGCACCAACCGCAGCAGCAGCCACAGCAGCCACCGCCACCACAACCAGAGACUUCUGGUUCAUGGGGAGGCCCACCCCCACCACCUCCAGGCAACGGACGACCUUCCAAUUCCAACUGGAGCAGUGGGCCACAGCCAGUAACCCCUAAGGAUGAGGAACCCAGUGGUUGGGAAGAGCCAUCUCCACAGUCAAUUAGCCGGAAAAUGGACAUCGAUGAUGGCACUUCAGCAUGGGGAGACCCUAACAGUUAUAACUACAAGAAUGUGAAUCUGUGGGAUAAGAAUUCUCAAGGCGGCCCAGCACCUCGAGAACCAAACCUGCCCACCCCAAUGACCGGUAAAUCAGCAUCAGUCUGGAGCAAAAGCACACCACCUGCUCCAGAUAAUGGUACUUCAGCUUGGGGUGAGCCAAAUGAAAGCAGUCCUGGGUGGGGUGAGAUGGAUGACACAGGAUCAUCGGCCACAGGCUGGGGGAGUGCACCCUCUAACGCUCCAAAUGCCAUGAAACCUAAUUCUAAAUCUAUGCAAGACGGCUGGGGGGAGAGUGAUGGGCCUGUGACAGGAACUCGCCAUCCCAGCUGGGAAGAGGAGGAGGAUGGAGGAGUCUGGAACACCACCGGCUCUCAGGGAAGCGCUUCCUCCCACAACUCAGCAAGCUGGGGACAAGGAGGAAAGAAACAAAUGAAGUGCGCACUAAAAGGAGGAAACAAUGAUUCAUGGAUGAAUCCCCUUGCCAAACAGUUUUCAAAUAUGGGAUUGCUGAGUCAAACUGAAGAUAAUCCAAGCAGCAAAAUGGAUUUGUCUGUAGGAAGCCUUCCUGAUAAAAAAUUUGAUGUGGACAAGCGAGCAAUGAAUCUCGGGGAUUUUAAUGAUAUCAUGAGGAAGGAUCGAUCUGGGUUCCGUCCACCUAAUUCCAAAGACAUGGGAACCACAGAUAGUGGGCCUUAUUUUGAGAAGCUGACUUUGCCUUUCUCCAAUCAAGAUGGGUGCCUUGGGGAUGAGGCUCCCUGCUCUCCCUUCUCCCCUUCUCCCAGCUACAAGCUGUCUCCCUCUGGUUCCACACUACCCAACGUCAGCCUUGGAGCAAUCGGCACAGGGCUCAACCCCCAAAACUUCGCUGCUAGACAAGGUGGCAAUCAUGGUUUGUUUGGAAAUAGCACAGCACAAUCGAGAGGCAUGCACACACCUGUGCAGCCACUAAAUUCUUCUCCUAAUCUCCGGGCGCAAGUGCCUCCCCAGUUUAUUUCCCCCCAGGUUUCUGCCUCAAUGCUCAAGCAAUUUCCCAACAGUGGCCUGAAUCCAGGUCUCUUCAACGUGGGCCCCCAGUUAUCUCCUCAACAAAUUGCCAUGCUGAGCCAGCUUCCACAAAUUCCCCAGUUUCAGUUGGCAUGUCAGCUUCUUCUGCAGCAGCAGCAACAGCAGCAGUUACUACAGAAUCAGAGAAAGCUUUCUCAAGCUGUGCGCCAGCAGCAAGAGCAGCAGUUGGCUCGAAUGGUGAGUGCACUCCAGCAGCAGCAACAGCAGCAGCAGCAGCAGAGGCAGCCUAGCAUGAAGCAUUCGCCGUCUCAUCCUGUUGGGCCCAAGACACAUCUGGAUAACAUGGUACCCAACGCUCUGAAUGUGGGGCUUCCAGACCUUCAAACCAAAGGGCCAAUACCUGGAUAUGGUUCUGGCUUCAGCUCUGGUGGCAUGGACUAUGGCAUGGUUGGUGGGAAGGAGACUGGAACAGAGUCUCGUUUUAAACAGUGGACCUCCAUGAUGGAGGGACUGCCCUCUGUAGCCACACAGGAAGCCAGUAUGCACAAAAAUGGCGCUAUAGUGGCCCCUGGUAAAACCCGAGGAGGGUCACCAUACAACCAAUUUGAUAUCAUCCCUGGUGACACACUGGGUGGCCAUACCGGUCCUGCUGGUGAUAGCUGGUUACCUGCCAAAUCUCCACCAACAAAUAAGAUUGGAAAUAAAUCCAGCAAUGCCAGCUGGCCUCCAGAAUUCCAACCAGGAGUGCCAUGGAAAGGUAUCCAAAAUAUUGACCCUGAAUCUGACCCCUAUGUCACCCCAGGAAGUGUGCUGGGGGGUACCGCCUCUUCUCCUAUUGUAGAUACUGACCACCAACUUCUGCGGGAUAACACCACAGGGUCUAAUUCUUCCCUCAACACCUCGCUGCCUUCACCUGGUGCCUGGCCCUACAGUGCCUCUGACAACUCCUUUACCAACGUUCAUAGCACUUCAGCAAAGUUCCCUGAUUACAAAUCAACAUGGUCCCCAGACCCCAUAGGACACAACCCCACUCAUCUCUCCAACAAGAUGUGGAAAAACCAUAUUUCCUCAAGGAACACUACACCGCUGCCCCGCCCACCUCCUGGUCUGACCAACCCCAAACCAUCAUCUCCCUGGAGCAGCACAGCACCCCGAUCAGUCAGGGGGUGGGGGACACAGGACUCACGGCUUACCUCUGCCUCUACCUGGAGUGAUGGUGGUUCGGUUCGUCCUAGUUACUGGCUGGUCCUUCAUAAUCUCACUCCACAGAUUGAUGGGUCAACCUUGAGAACCAUCUGCAUGCAGCAUGGCCCACUGCUGACAUUCCAUCUGAACCUAACCCAGGGCACUGCCCUGAUCCGAUACAGCACCAAACAGGAGGCAGCCAAGGCCCAAACCGCACUGCACAUGUGUGUGUUGGGAAACACUACCAUCCUGGCUGAGUUUGCCACUGAUGAUGAAGUUAGUCGCUUUCUGGCACAAGCUCAGCCCCCUACACCUACAGCAACGCCGAGCGCACCCACAGCAGGUUGGCAGUCGCUGGAGACCAGCCAGACCCAGUCUGAUCCCGUGGGACCUGCUCUGAAUCUGUUUGGCGGGUCCACAGGGCUCGGGCAGUGGAGCAGCAGUGCUAGUGGCAGCAGCGGAGCCGAUCUUGCUGGCGCUUCCUUGUGGGGGCCCCCAAACUAUUCUUCUAGCUUGUGGGGAGUCCCCACUGUGGAAGACCCCCACAGGAUGGGCAGCCCUGCUCCUUUACUACCUGGUGACCUUCUGGGAGGAGGGUCGGAUUCAAUCUGAACUUAGAACUUUCAACUCUGACCUCGUGACCUUUUUUGGAACAGCAGCAGCACUAACUUGACCUUUUCGUUUUUUUUUUCAACUUGCAAUAAAUACAUUUUUAAAAGGAAAAAAGAAAACGGAGAGAGGAAAAAAAAAGGUGGGUCAUUGACAGACUGUCUGAGCACAUAGUUGCCUCCCUUACAACUUCAGUUUUUUCGUUUGGAAUAUGAAUCCAAAAAGAGAACAUAUCACUCUUGAAAUACUUGAAUCAUGAACGCCAACCUAGAAAGACAAUGUGAAGCAAGUACACAUACCAUUUAAAUUUAAACACAAAAAAAAAAUUUAAAAAAAUUAGUUUCUAGUUUUUCACUUUUUUCAUGUUAUAUGGAAGUUGUUGCUAAGAAACAUAUAUACUGAAAAAAAAUAGCUUUUUAACUUUGUUUGCACUGGGUGUGUUUCCGUCCUUAGGUCUACCAUGUUUGGGAGGGAGGGGAAUUCAAAAGAAUUGUUGGGGUGGGGGGAGGGAAGACUUGACGGAGCCUCACUUUAAAAACAAAAAAACAAAAAAUCUUUAAAAAAAAAAAAAGGAAAAAUUUGUGAUUGGCUGGUUGAUAAAUACCAGUGUGUUCUGGCACAUGUAACUGCCCAGGCAUGCUCGUUCUUGUCUGUGUGUGCACGUGUGUUCAUGUGCAUUUGAGUGCGUCCUUCUCUGUGUGUGUGUGUGAAAGAGAGAGAGAGAGAGACUGUGUCCUCCUCCUUCCCUACACUGACUUCUCCGAAAGCUGCAUUGCUAACAGUCUGCAGGCUGGCUGGCCGGCCAUCUGCUUCUUCUUUUAUUCUUUUUUAACUAUGAGAACACACCUAUGGGGGGAGCCCCUGCUACUGAAGCAACUCUGUUGGGCUGCAUUUAAGAUGUACAGAGAGUUUUUUAAAUGAUUAAAGCAGGAAGCUCCUUUACAUUUGCAAACCUGCCCCAGUGCUGAGUUUUCUCUAGCUCUUUCUUUCGACCUAGCAGCAGAGUGGAGCACUGCCAAGUCCAAAAAACUUAGGAGAGCAGGAGGUACCUCUUGGAGCAACCGUGUGUUUACUUUUUUCUGGUUGUUGUUGUUUUUUCUUUUUUUAUUUAAAUGAAUGGCCCUUGGGUACACCUAUAUCCCUGUUAAGUGUCCUACAAACCUUUCUGUUAGUUUGAGUGGGAACAGACGAUAAAGCAGUUAUUAUUUAUGCGGUGUCCCAGAAGCAGAACAGCUGCGCUCCCCCUUUUUAUGUAAUCAGGUAUGAGAUGCUCAUCAGAAAGUCAGGUUAAUACUGAAUCAGAUAUUUCUAUUGGUCCUCUUUUUUUCAUUUGAUGGAAACAGAAACAAGCCGGAAGCAGUCUCCUGGUGGCAUCUGCAGCUCCUCCCUCUCUGCUCCUCUCUUGCUGAGUGUUACCUGUGCCAGGCCUCGGCGUGUUACAGCACCAGGCCAUCACUGACAGAAACGUUUACUUAACGAAUGUUCUUAAACCAGUGUGUACUUCAAGCGUUUCCUUUUGUUUCUGUGUUGUGUAUUUCCUGUGUAUGUGGUUUUGCUUAGGCAGGUAUAACUUAGCAAAGACUUUUAAGUAUUGCACCUUUUUUGGUUUUGACCUCUUUUUUUCUUUUUUUCCUUGUAAUGUUGCUUUUUAAAAAAAAAAAAACUUUGGUAUUUAAAGACUUUUUUUUUAAGCAUCAUGUAAUAGUACUCUGGGCCGAAUGGGGGGCAACUUUUAAUCCACAGUUAUCACCAACAUGUAUGUACUUAUGUUGGAAUCAAAAUGUAUCAAAACUGCUUUUUGUGAAGAGAGUUACAGCAGCCCUAAAGGGGUUUCCCUUUCUACAAAGCAGAUGGCUGGUGGGUGGGUGGGUGGGGUGGGGGGAGGGGCGUGUGCCGGUAAUGUGCUAGCACUUGUGUGGACAUCCCAGUCUGCAUUAUACUGUUUAACAUAAAGUGCCGACAUUCUGUACCAGCAAAUACCUGCCCAUUCCAACCCUUGGUGGGAGCAGACCUCUACUGUCCUCCAUAACUUGCUGCUAGUGAGGACAAGGGAGUUUUUCUUUCUUUAGCAUCUUCAGUGAAGGAUACAACAAUGCCUAAUGUAUUUGACUUUUUUGCUUCUGUCUGUGUGUGUUGGGUGUGUGAGUGGGUGGGUGGGUGG